AUGUCCGUUCAUCGUACAAUAGAGAAUAACGAGGAAGCUGGUAUCAGACCAAGCAAAACUUACCAAUCAUUCGUUGCGGCAGCUGGCGGUCACCACGAGUUAAAUUUUAUUGAAAAGGAUGUGAGGAAUUACAUCACGAGAGAAGUGCGGAAUAUUUCGGAACAAGAAAAUGCAAAGAAAUUCGGAAAAUAUUUAUUAAGAAUGAAAGAGAAGAAUCAGAAUUUCUUUUUUGAGCUUGAACUCGAGGGCGAUCAAUCGAUUAAGCUGGCUUUUUGGGCCGAUGCAAGGAGCAGAGCUGCCUUUGAGUAUUUCGGAGAUGUUAUUUUAUUUGACACCACCUACAAUACAAAUAGGGAUUGGAAUGAUUUUCUGUUGAAGUAUGGUCUUAUGGAUAACAAGUGGCUUUCAGAUCUUUACGAAGAUCAUCAUAUAUGGGUUCCAAUUUAUCUAGAUCACCACUUCUGGGCAGGGAUAAAAAGCACACAAAGGAGCGAGAGCAUGCAUUCAUUUUUUAACAAGUUCAUUACACGGAACAGCUCGCUUAUCCAAUUUGUCAAACAAUACGAUAAUUGCCUCGGAAGCAGGGAGCAAGCAGAGAGAGAAUCAAAUGAUGCAGAUUUUCAUGCGGUCAUACCGUGUGCAACUAAAUCCUCCAUUGAAGCUCAAUUUCAACAUGUGAACACUCACCAAAAGUUUAGGAAAGUCCAAGCACAAUUCAGAGGAAAUUCGAAUUGCAUCACAAGAUUAACGAACUCCGCUCUAGGCUAUUCAGUAUACGAAGUUGGAGAACAAGUUUUCAGCUCAAUAUUCAACAAGUUUGUGAUUACUUACGACUCAGUAGCAGCCCAAGUGAAAUGCCAAUGCUUAUUAUUCGAGUCAAGAGAAUCGAAGGAGCUGGCUGCCAUUAUGCACCGUGCAUACGAUAACGUCAUGGUUGAGAUGGAAGAACUGAAAGCCAAAAGGAAGGGGACAUGUUUGUUAUCUCAUGAAGAUCCCAAUUUAGAAUCCGUUAACGAGCUUCAAAGCCCUCCAAUGUUAAACCUCUUUGAUGCUGCAUCAGUGGUGCGUCCAAAUUCCAGCCAAUAUCAAGGACGUAUUAUGAAUUAUCAGUUCAGGGAACCAGCAGUAGGGGAUAGUUUUUUAGAUGUAUAG